GGGGAAAACCUAAACAAAAAAAAAAAAAAUGAGUUUGAGGUUAUCCUGUUGUUUUGUUGUUUAUUAUAAUCGUAAAGUUCAAAAAAUAACAUGGUUUGUGACAAAUGCGAGAAAAAGCUCGGUCGUGUGAUCACUCCGGACCCUUGGAAGACUGGAGCGCGGAAUACAGUGGAAUCUGGUGGCAGGAAAGUUGGUGAAAACAAAGCUUUGACUGCGAAAAAAGGUCGAUACAAUCCAUACACUUCUAAGUUUCAGGAGUGCAAGAUCUGCCGAACGAAGGUCCAUCAAGUAGGCUCCCACUACUGCCAAGCAUGUGCUUAUAAAAAGGGCAUAUGUGCCAUGUGUGGAAAAAAGAUAUUGGACACUAAGAACUAUAGACAGAGCUCCACGUAAACUCAAAGUUCUUAAGUAUUUUAACUCUUAUUUUUUAAUGUUAGAGAAUAAUUUGUGAGUAUGAUGAUGGAUUUGUUAAUGUGAAAAGAAGGUUAACAUCAGGUUCCGAUGUUACGCUAACUUUUAAGAUAGUUGUCUUUUUGUUCAAGUAUCCAGUUUAACGUCAAUUGUCUGGCCUAUUUGAUCCCACUGCUGGGCAAAGGCGUCCCCUUAUUCUACAUUGUUUGUAUAGAAAUGAACUGAAGCCUAAUUUAUUUGAUUAGGAUGUCCAAAAAGCAUCAUAUCUUUUUGUACAGAAUGUCAUAUUUAUAUUUUCUAAUCUUAUUGUAACUGUUUGGCAGAAAUAUACUUAUUUUUGUUACAAUAAUUAAAUAUCAACAUGUUUUAAGCUAUUAACAUUUGAUAAGUAUUAACUGAUAAUAGGAGUUUUGAUAUCAAUGAAUCAUUAUUAAAGCACAUAAUAACGGUUUCUUACCGCAUUUAAAUGGGGAUAUGAGACCCCGAUAUUUCGACACUUGCAAGUGCCAUGAUCACGGGACUUGCAACAGUGUUGAAAUAUUGGGAGUCUCAUAUCCCCAUUUAAAAGCGGUAAGAACCCGUUAUUAUGUGCUUUAAUUAUGAUAAUAACCGCGUAAACUUAAAACAAUGUAUCAAUGAAUCAUUGUUACUUAACGUUUGCACAAAUCUGUCAAUAAUAUAAUAAUGUUGGAAAAAUAAAUAUUCCCAUAAUUAAGUAUUCUAUUUAAAUAGUAAUGUUGUAAGAAUUGUAUAUGUAUAAGGUGAUAAACACCGUAACUUAGACAUUUUGUACAUAUUCAAUAACAGAUUUGUUAUGUAGUCAGGAUAGUGUUUAUUUUUUGUGUCUAGGGAGCUCACCACCUAUCACGUUGGUCUAACAGAAAGCUCGGUGAGGUGUGGGUACUUAGUUCAUCUUGCGAUAGAUGUACCUCUAACUAACCUAUGUUGUGUAGAGUUUAUUUGGGUAUAUAAGUUAUUUUGUAAUAUUAUACUUUUUUCAAAGUGAUUGCAAAUCUGGGAAUCCCUUGGUUAUGCCUACUUUUAAAUUUUUUAAACCCCUAGUUCAUCCUUGUGUACCUACCGUUCAAAACUACCCUGCCUAAGUACCUAAUUAUAGUUCAGUUAUCCUCCUAAGGCCCACGGCCCUACUAGUAGUACUAAUCCCAUUGUUUAACUAUUGUGUCUGGAAAUCCGGGCCUUAGGAGGAUAAGAAAAUAUUGAAAAUACAAUGAAUAAUAAAGAAUAUUAUUUAAUUAA